AUGCGGAUCACACACGCUUCCCCGGCACGCCUAGAAAGAUCAGGUCCCUUCCCGACUUUGCUUGCACUCUCACUCGCACUCCUCGUUUUCGCUGCUCGAGUCGCGUCUCUGCCCGCCGCCAGACCGGUCUUUCAGCCCGCACCGCCCAGGAGCAAAGCAACGGAUCGACUCGAGCCUCGUUUCGAUGGCAGGGACAUCGAUCAUCGCGAGCUGCUCCGCAAGCGACACGAGCAGAUCUCCUCGGGUUCAGUCGCAACCGGCUUCGUACAUCCUACGCAUCUCUACCGUCGCGAUGCCGAUGCCCUCCCGCCUCCGGACAAAGCCUACAACAUGACCGUCACCCAGGAUAUGAUCAGUCCCGACGGUUUCGACCGGCUCGGCUUCCUAAUGAAUGGCAACUUCCCGGCGGACCCUUUCGUCUGGGACGAGAACGACGAUGUCGAGAUUACCGUUAUCAACGAAAGUCCGGUGCCCUUCGCAAUCCACUGGCACGGUAUUCAUCAGAUUGGAACGCCCGAGAUGGACGGCGUGCCAGGUCUGUCGCAGUGGAACAUCUACACAGGCGAGUCGUAUACCUACCGCUUCAAGCUGAUCAAUCAACACGGCGGCUACUGGUACCACAGUCACGAGCGAGGAUAUUAUGCCGACGGCCUGCGAGGUACCAUCUACAUCCGACCCAAGCCGGAUCGUUUGAAGCCGUGGAGCCUCAUCAGCCAAGACCAGGAGGAUAUCGAUCAGAUGGAGGCGGCCGAGCAAGACUUCCAGGUCAUGUCGCUGUCCGACCAUUGGCACAUCAAUCACACUGACAUGCUGCUGGUCGUGCACGAGACAGGCGUUCCCCCUGCGUGCUUCGACUCGCUACAGAUCAACGGUCGAGGUCGACAGUACUGCGUCAACGACUGGACAAAGGUGUGGUCGCCAAUCCAGGCUUCGCUUCUCACCAACUUUUCGUCGACCAAUCCCGACGGCAUCACCUCCAAGGGUUGCAUCUCGCUCGUACCGCCCAAGCCAGGCUACAGCGUGAAGGGAACGCUCGACACGAGAUACGGCGGUGUCUGCCAGAAUACUUCGGCCCCUCUGACCGUCUUCAGCGCUGCAAAGGCCAUCAAAGAGGGGCGACGAUGGCUCAACCUGCAGGUGAUAGACACGGCUACGAAUUGGUACUACGGAGUGAGCAUCGACUCUCACAAGAUGUGGAUCGUCGCCGUCGACGGUCACUAUAUCCAUCCCAUGCAGGUCGACUGGGCGCAGAUCACGAUUGGAAGCCGUCUUAGCGUCAUGAUCGAGCUGGAUCCUGAUUUCAACGGCAAUGUCUUCCCCAUCCGUCUCACGGGCGCGCGAGCCCUGCAGCCCAUCGAAGGGCAUGCUUUCCUGUCUUACAUCGACGAGAUCGAUGGCACGUGGAACCCAGAGCUCGAAGAGGACUUUGGCUAUGCGAUGCGGACCUUGAGCAAGGCCCAUGUGCCUAUGAGCGGCUUCAUCACGGACACCUCGGUCGUCAAAUGGAAGCAGAAUCUCAGCGCGCCGUUCGAUCCCAUCAGCCAGGUGCCUCAGACGUCCAACAUGACGCUGCAUGCCGUGGCAUCCCAGAACAGCCUCAACGUGUGGCAGCUGGCAACGCAACCGCUCGACACGGCUCAUCUGGCAGACGAGAGACCGAUGCUCUUCAACGCGACGGAUGGCAACAUCACCUCGAACCAGAUGAAUCCCUACGCUGCUACCCCCUUCGGUACCGUCGUCGACAUCAUCAUGGAGAACAAUAUCUACUCGAUCGUCGGAGGUCCCAACAGCCCGCAUCCUUUCCACAUGCAUUCGCGACGCUUCUGGAUCAUCGGCAGCGGUGCUGGCCCUUUCCCUGCUGACACUGUCGCCGAAGCACAGGAGCAGGGCGUUGCUUUCAACCUCGACAAUCCGCCUCUACGGGACGGCUUCGACAUCGACUCCAAUUCUUGGGUCGUCAUCCGCUACGUCGUGGACCAUGCAGCGGCCAACAUCCUCCACUGUCACAUCGACGACCACGCCAUCGAGGGCAUGGCAGCAGUGCUGCUGGAGGGUCUCGAAACCAUACCCGCAGGUGGAAACUUUAGCGAGUCGAUCAAGGCGCGACCCGCCAAUUUUAUGGAGACGCAGAACGACGAGCUGGGUCAGGUGCUGGAGGCGAGCUGGGCGACCGGCGCUGUCAACUCCAAGUACGUUGCUCCCGCACCGACGGAGACGAUGACGCCCUGGGGAGAUCCGAGACCGCUCGCCAAGAGCAUCGAGCUGUUUGCUAGCUCGAACAGCGUGCAGAGGUCGAUUGCGAGCUCGUUGCAGAAGCAGCUGAGUGCAAUGCAGGCCACAGCGACGUACGAUGUGACGGCCAUCACGGCGACCGUAUCGGACUAUCUGACGACGUUCACGGGUGUCGCUCCGAGCACGACUGGAGCUCUAUCGGCGACGACAAUGGCCAUGACAAGCUUGGCGGAGGCGACUGAAACAGCCGAUGCUCCUCUCGAUACUGCCCAGUCGACUUUGGUUGCUGCUGCCUCCACGCCCACCAUCUCGGCGACUGCGGCUGCUGGGGAAGCCGAAAGUGCGGACUCCCCGGUCGCCACACAGGCAAGUGCUCCGUCGACUGUCACUGUCACUGUGAUCGCUUCCGCGCAGGAGACCGAGGCCGCAUCUUUGGUCGCCUCUGCGGCUUUCACAGCCACGGCUACCGCGCCGGCACUGGGUGCGGGCCAACAGACUGACACUGCCGCGAGCGGUGCCUUGGCAAGUGGCAGCAUCGUCCCUUAUUCGACCUUGUACCGCACUCUUUCGGCCACUGCUGCCAUUCAGUCAGCUGCUACGGUGGGAGUGGUCUUCUCGGAUGGAACGGUGCCUGCUGCGUCCACUCAGACCGCCCUUGCGUCUUCGUUUGGUACGCCAGCUGCAACCAGCUCCGGCUUCGACACCGCUGUCCGAGACGGAACAGCGAGCGCCUCAAACAGUGUGCUCGGCACCAUCCCUUCGAGUCGAACGAGCGUUGCAGCCUCGGCUAUUCUCACAAGCACCACUCACGUCUACUCGGUCAUUGCGACCCAGCAGGUCGUCUCGAGCGCCGUCGUGUCUCUCGACAGAGCGGCCUCGACGAGCUUGCCCGCAACGACUUCAGCUGGUCUUGCCACUGCGGGCGGAACCAGCCUCAAUCCUGCCAACUAUGGGACCAAUUCUGCCACUGUUACGUUCACAGUCGGGCCGACGUCCACCGAAGCGCCCGGCGAAGCCACGCCGACGUCCGCGGAAGCGCCAGUUGGAGCCACCCCGACUCCGGAUCCGACCACCGGUGCUACUGAUGACGAGACUCCGGACGCCACUGAUGGUGCAAUGGACGACGAACCUGCCUACAGUGAUCCAGUCUUCCCUUCGGACAGCGGUGAUGCCACACAGACAGCGGAUGGCGGGCUCGAUGCUGCUGCCAGCGCGACCGACGAGGCUGCUCCUGCUGCGACUGACGUUGCUGGCGGUGACGACGGUGGAGAUGGCAAUGAUGUUGGGGACGGCAACGAUGUUGGGGACGGCAGUGAUCUCGAUGCCGGCCUAGACGAUGGGGCCGUAGACACUGUGCCCGAGGCCGACCCCUCCGAGACCUCCGUACCCGAGUAG